AUGACCCUGUGUGGCAGGAAAGCCCUGACGCUGCUGAGCAGUGUGUUUGCGGUGUGUGCCCUGGGCCUGCUGGGCAUCGCCGUCAGCACCGACUACUGGCUGUACCUGGAGGAGGGCGUCAUCCUGCCCCUCAACCAGAGCACAGAGGUGCGCAUGGCCAUGCACUCGGGCCUGUGGAGGGUCUGCUUUCUGGCCGACACCAGAAAUACAUCUGUACUCCUUUCACAACAGGAGCCUGGUGAUGAGAAGGGUCGCUGCUUCACCAUUGAGAGUGUGAUGCCCACCAACGUGCAGUUGGCCUCCGAGUCCACCGUCAGCGUGCUGAAGAUGAUCCGUUCGGCCACGCCCUUCCCGCUGGUCAGCCUCUUCUUCAUGUUCAUCGGCUUCGUCCUGAGCAACAUCGGCCACAUACGCCCACACCACACCAUCCUCGCCUUCGUCUCCGGCAUCUUCUUCAUCCUCUCAGGUCUCUCCCUGGUGGUGGGCCUGGUGCUGUACAUCUCCAGCAUCAACGACGAGAUGCUGAACAGGACCAAGAGCAACGAGGCCUACUUCAGCUACAAAUACGGCUGGUCCUUCGCCUUCGCCGCCAUCUCCUUCCUGCUCACAGAGACGGCGGGCGUGAUGUCCGUGUACCUGUUCAUGAAGCGCUACACGGCGGAGGAGAUGUACCGGCCCCACCAGGGCUUCUACCGGCCGCGCCUCAGCAACUGCUCCGACUACUCGGGCCAGUUCCUGCACCCGGACGCCUGGGCGCAGCGCGGACGCAGCCCCUCGGACAUCUCCGCCGACAUCGCCUCGCUGCAGAUGAACUCCCACUUCCCCGCGCUGCUCAAGUGCCCCGAGUACGACCUCAUGUCCUCCUCGCCCUGCUGAGACAGAUAGAAAC